AAAAAAACUGCGCGCGGCGUUUCGCUGUACGACUGAACACAAACGUGUCGAUGUUUGUUCUUAAAGACGAAAGAUUUCCCGUUCGUGUCCUGCAGCUCGCCUGGUUGUUCGUUAGAUGAGGGUCGUUUGAGCUGCCGACAUGAAGUGUUUGAAAGUGGAGGAAUACAUCCAGCGGACUGCCUCUGUCAACGAAGCAGCGGCUUUGUUGCAGGAGCUGGAGACAUAUGUGAGGAGUCGCCCCGGGUUUCAGUGUCGGACGCUGUGUGACAGAGUCAUCAGAGCCUGUAACCACCAGCUCGGAGUUGCUUCCCUCCACUUCGACCACGUCAGUCAGCUGGUGAAGCUGGUUGAGAUCUCCCUCCAUGGCUUUGAUCUGUGUGCAGCGCUGGCCGCCCAGAGCACUCCGCUGUACAUGGAGAAGAUCGUUUUUCAUAUCUUGAAGAAGCUCAGCUCCCUGGAGGUUCAUGCUCUCUGCAGCCGUGUGGCAGAGCUUCUCUACAGCAGGCUCUCCGCAGGACAGCAGGUUGAGGAGGACUACCAUGUUCUUGUGCGGAACUGCUUUUCUGUGCUAUGGAACAGACUAAACCCUGCCAAAGAUGGGACGGUCCUGAACCUGCGGGACAAGCUCCACUAUCAAAUGCAAGCUUUGGGCUUCCUCUUGUUGUUGGACACAGACGGAGCAUCUCAGCCUUCCCUUAAAUCUCCUAAAUAUGCCGUUGAUGCCAUCACUGAAUUUGAGAAAAACUGUGGAGAGGUGACAAAGGAUGAUGGCCACUUUCUCCUGCAGGAAAUGCGCACAAGUUUUAAUAGAUGUUGGCCCAGCAGUCAGCGUGGGGAGGUGGAUGAGUCCAAGCAGUUCAGACAGACAUCAAAUGUCUAUGCUCUUUCUGAAAUGGCUUUGACUGUUGUGAAGUUACUUUGUAAAGCAGGCCUCUACACUAUGGCCUCCGCCUUCCUGAAGGAAAUCCAGAGCAAGAUCUCGGACUGCGAUCGCUGCCGUUGUACGGCGUUGGUUCUCGGCAAAUGGGGGGUAAAAAUUCAUUCAGCGGCAAAAGCUGGCAAAGAAGAAGGCCAGGCUUUGACUGAAUGUGCCAGAGCCUUGAGGUCACUCCCAACUACACUAGAAGACAGAGAAUCACAUGCAGUCCUGGAAGGAUGCAGUCUAGUGGUAUGGGCUGUUGAAAGCGGCAACAACAAGGGCCAAAGUGGACCGGCGCUUCUGGCCCUGUUUUCUUUUCAGGAGGAACACCAGGAGUUAAUACUGAAGAUUUCAAACCAGAAUUCAACAUGCCAAGUUGAGGCCAGCAGGCUGCAGAAGAUCCUCUGCUUCAGUGUUUACCAAGGCCUGGUAUUUGCUUACGAGAGCAUGAUGGCUUCACAGCUUGAGAACAGCGACACACUGGACCGAGUGCUGCUGUACUGCCAAGCCACGGCUGGACUGAUGAUGACCGAACUCCACAAGCUGCAGAGUGAAAAUCUUUUGGUCAAAGCAGUGGUCGCUGUGAGCAACUUGGCCUGCUGGUUGUACAACAAUCGUCUCUAUGACCAAGCAUUCAGUCUGGUUGAGAUCCUCUGCAGGGAUCUAGUGAAGAAUCGCCCAGGUUUUCUUUCUGUGGAUCGGCUGAGUCGACCCUUCAUGCUGGCUGUGCAAACUUCCCGACGGGCUGGGAAGCUGGAGCAAGCUCUGGACUGGGUGAUGCUGUGGCUGAGAGCUCUUGGGGACAAAGUCACAAGUCACAUGGCCGAACCCGUCUCUUUCUGGGUGAAAACGAAAACUGAUGCAGCCCGAAACCUGGAGGACAUCCGACUCAGGACGUUACGGGAUGGCUUUGGUUCCAACGUCCCCGAUGAGCAAGUGAUGCUCUGUCUUCUGGAGGAGGAGUUGCACGCCUAUAAGGAGGUGGCAGGUGACACUGCCCAAGAGCGCUACAACACCCUGUGUGACCUGUUGGACAUUUGCCAUGUGGAGAGUCCCCACACCCAUCGGCGAGCGGUCUACCUCUGUGAAAUGGCCCAAGUGGUCUGCUUCCAGGAUUUCAGUGAACAGACGGAUUGCAUGGCAGUCGAUUUCACUCACGAAGCUUUACGGCUUCUUGAUGAAGAAACGGAGACACCAGAGAACGCUGAUCAGCUGACGGACGACAAAGCCCAUGCGUCCCUGUGGCUUUAUAUCUGCUCCCUGGAGAAGAACCUACAGGAAACCAUAGAGAAGGAUCAGAAAUGGAAAGAACUCCAGGAGCAGACGCAGUCUGUGGCUCACCUCGGGCAAAACAGUGAUUUAGAUUAUGAGGAUAAGCACAAGAACCAAGACAGCAUGGCGAUCUACGACGGCCUCAAAUUCAACCUGGCUGCAGAGAACAAACUGUGUCAGCCUUUGGAGCGAGCCCUGGAUGCUUGGGCCACUCUGUUUGAGAGAUCAGCCAAGCCUUCGGUGAGGAAUGCCAAGCAGACGUGUACCUCCAUCUCUGUGACUGCUGCUCUGUUCAAACUCUUGGGAAAGCCUCUGAAGGCUUUGGAGGCUUACCGGCUUGUGAUUGGAUUUUCACGCCAGCUGGACGACGCUCAGACUUGCGCUCGUUCCCUGUGUCAAUCAGCCAGCCUCCUCCUGGAUUUGGGGUCCCCUGAAAUGGCUCUGGCCCAACUCGAAGAAGCAGAUAAAGUUCUGUCCUCGGCCGAGGGACCGUCUUCCCUCUCGACGCUGAUCGUCCUGCUGAAAGCUCAGUACUAUUACAGCGUGGGACAGGUGCACCGUGGGGUGCCUCAUCUGUGUGAGGUGCUGAGGAGUUUGAAGGAGCACAAACAGUCAAAGAGCUUGUACAUGCUCCGUGCGAAGGCCCUCCAGACUUGCAGCGCCUUUCUCAAUCUGGAUACAUCUCAGCUUCCUCCAGACCAGCGGAGCUGUAUCACGGAGCACGGUAUACACACUCCAGACAGCGCCCUGCACGAGAGUUUGAAGCUUCUUUGCAGCCUGCUCGUCACCUUAGUGGGAAGGGGCCUGUAUGGGACCGGUGGCAGUCCCUCAGACGUGCGCUUCGUCGAUCAGGGGGACAACCUGGUGAUGAAGUGGCAGCUGCUCUCAGAGCUGCUGAGCUGCUCUGUGAAGAUGGUGGCCAUGAGGAGCGCCUGUGGGGCCGUUCAUGACGCACGGCUCCAGUGUCUGGAAGCCCUGAAACUGGCCAUCAAGCUGCAGGCACUCAGCCAGUGUGCAGAACUGCUGGUCAUGAAAGCUGAGUUGGAGCUGAUGCAAGGGGAGAAGGAAGAAUGUCGGGCGGAUUUAGAAACAGUCAGAAACCUCCUGGAUAUCAGUAUAGAUUUUUCUGAUCGUGUCGAAAAAGCAGAUGUGAAAAUCAAACCAAGGAAAGGUCGUCCAGCACGGAGACCUCAGUCGCCCCUUCCGACCACGGAGGAUAAUUUGAAGGACAUCUUGAACGUCAGAUGGCCUGCCAUGGCGCCUGUCGUGAACGAGCAGGGCUGCUCUCCGCCUCUCAAAGCCCGGCCCCUCCGCUGGCUCUCCUCCCUUCGGCAUAAAGCAGACUGUCCGUGCCCCUGCUGCUCUGAGCCGUCCCUGGGCCGCGCCACCGCUCGCUGGGCCGCCGCAGCGGCCGACCUCGUCCUUCAGCUGGAUCCUAAUCAAGCCAGCGUCGGUUCAGAUCUUCACUGGGCGGCGUUAUCCCGCUGCAAGAGCAUUGCUACCAAACUUGGUGCGAAUUUGUUGAAAGCUGAUCCUCUCAGAAGCCUGGGAAAACUGGGCUUCACGCAGGACCUGGUGGGCAGUGUCUACCUCCGUAUGGCCCUGGUUGGGCUGCAGCCAAGACGAGACAAAUCGUGUGGUGUCUGGAAAAUACUGGAAGCCGGCCUCGCGUUUGUUGAUUCUUCACCCUCUCCUGCGCUCAGACCCGUGAAGGCGGGCCUGAUGGCGACCAAAGCCAUCGCCUCGCUGAUGACCCUGGCUGCGAGACGGGGAUGCGCCCCAGAGGAGGUCUUCUCAAACGCCUGGACCUGGAACGCACCGAAAGCAUUGAAAGAACUGAACCCAAACCAGAAAACGGUACCAGCGGUGAAGAAAUCAAAAUAUGCCAGUAAAAAGUCUGACCUGAUGGACCAAAGCAAGGAGGUGAAGAAAACCAAGGCAGUGAAAACUUCCUCAACCAAAGAAACGGGUCUACUCCCUAAAACCCCCGUCGCAUCUCGGACCACUCGUAAAGGGCGCGACUGCUUUGACUUCAACACCGCGGUUCCUACUCUGUUUUGCACGCCGGUGCAGAAGGUGAAAGGAUCGUCCUCCGUGCAGAAAGUUCCAAAAACUGCCUCCAAGCUGCAGAUUCACGUGGAUGAAGAGCUGUCGCCACUUCAAGAGAAAAUCAAACCUGUGCCCGCUGCCCCCAGAGCCAUCAAGAAAUCCCGUUUCAAAGUGGAAUUCAGCGACGAAAGUGAUUCCGAGGCUAAAACUCCAUCAGUCUCCAAAGGAAAAGCAGACGCCCCCAAAAAGCGAGCGACUACUCGACGAGCUGUGAGCAACGUCAAGAAAAGCCUCGACCCGCCUCCAGAGAAGGCUCCGGCCAAGAGGCAGGCGAAGGCCAAAAAGACAUCGGCGGCGCUUUUGGUGAACUCUUCAGAGGACGACGAGACUCUGGUUCUUCAGUCCACCUCAUCAAGAAGAGGACGGAGCAGGAAGGCAAAUGUCAUGACAGACACAGACUCACAGGAGGAGCCGGACAAAAUGAGAACUAUUGAGGAGGAGACUGUUGAGGUCUUCGAGAUGAGCAUCGAGGAACUCAGGAAUUCUGACACAGAGGAGACGGACAACCCGGCUUCUAUUCAUGAUAUGGAUUUCGAGGUGCUGCGCCGGGACAUGUGUUGUGACCUGGAGAGAGACGGAGUGUGUGAACUGAAGAGCAGAGACCAUCUCGGAGGAGAACCACAAACUCACCUCUCUCAUUCAGACACCCUAUCAGACCUUCAGUUGCUGGACGACGUCCGGUCUCUGCUCCGCUCAGCCUGGCUGACACUGCAGCACUUUCCCUCUCCCGCUCUCUACCCGACCAUCUGUGGGCUUCUGGCCUUGACCACGGGGCAGCAAGACCCCAUGACCACGGCCAUGCUGCAUUCCCAGUCCCUGGGAGUCACGGGCCGACAUCGCACGCUCAGGCAUUUAGCCAGCAGUUUGAAAAAGCUGAAAAAGUCUCCCUCCGAGCUGGCAGAAAAAAUGGACGCCUUGAGCCUGGACGAGCUCAAAACCGUGCCCGGGGCUUCAGCUGAACAAAUGCUGUCUCAGAUGGAGAGCAUCUUUUCAUUCUCAACUGCAGAGUCCGAGUCUUUCCCUCAGAAACACUGCCAAGACUUCGCUCAAUCGAUUCAGCGUCUGUCUCCAGGGUUGACAGUGUGUCUGAUUUCUGUGGUCGGCGUGAAACCUGGAGAAAUGGGUGACAGCAUCAUGCUGUCACGUCUUGAGAAGGGCUCUGCCCCCGUCACCGUCCACAUCCCUACAGCUAAGGAGCAGCACCCCGUCACCUGGCUGGUGCAGGAGCUGGACUGUAUCCUGGUGGAGCAAAAGGUCGUGAGCUGCAUCUCUGAGAAGGCCAAGUGGUGGGACGGCCGCAGGGCUCUGGACUCCAGAGUCGAGUACCUGUUGAAGUGGAUGGAGAACAUCCUUGGAUGCUGGAAGAGCCUACUCCUUCCAGUGUCGUCAGAUCCUGAGCUCUCCAAACAAUCCCAGGGCCUUGGUAAAGCCCUGUCUGCCCGGGGAGUGACAGUCAGUGAGGACAUGCUGAAGGCUGUGCUUUCUGCGUCUCCGGUGCUCAGUGAAGAUGAUCUUCAGAGAUUUGCUCUUGGAGUUCAUCCAGCGUGGGACAAUGAGUGCAAUCAGCUUCUUCACACAGCCGUUUCCAAACUGUCCGAUCGAGAAGAGCCGAGGGGUCACGUGGUUCUCAUCCUGGACAAGUACCUUCAGAAGUUGCCGUGGGAGAGCACGUCUAUCUUGAGGAGUUGCUCUGUGAGCCGAAUGCCUUCUUUCAACUCGCUGCUUGGACUGAGAAUCCAGGAGGCCGAUUCUCAGUCUGUCCUGGAGAAAGGUGUCGAUACAAGCAAGGUCUUUUACGUGUUGGACCCUGAUGCCAAUUUAGUUCACUCUCAGGACCGAUUCAAGGAGUGGUUCUGCAGUCAACCCGGCUGGCAAGGUGUGUGUGGAGUUCCUCCUGAUGCCAGUCAACUGGAAGAAGCUGUUGCAACCAAGGACCUCUACAUUUAUGUGGGCCACGGCGCCGGGGCUCGCUUCCUGGACAGCCAGACGAUCCUGAAGCGGCGGAUGAGAGCCGCUUCUCUGCUGUUCGGCUGCAGCAGCGCCGCUCUGGCAGUGCGUGGCAGCCAGGAAGGACAAGGCAUCAUCCUCAACUACCUGAUAGCAGGCUGCCCCUUUGUUUUGGGAAACCUGUGGGAUGUGACUGACCGGGACAUUGAUCGCUUCACUAAAGCCUUGCUGGACUCCUGGUUAUCAGCCGGGUCUGGAGCGACGCUCCUGGAGCACAUGGGUCCAUCACGACAGGCGACGCACCUGAAGAACCUCAUCGGCGCUGCGCCGGUGGUCUACGGCUUACCCAUCCACCUGCAGUAGGACAUGAAGACAAGAACUUUAUGAAAUGGACUGGAUGCAGUCUUUUUAGAGUUUGAAGGUGAAAGAAUCCAAAUAAAAUCUUUAAUUUGUUGUAUUUUUUUUUUUAAUUUAA